AUGGAUGGAGAAGCUGAAAUAGUGAAGGAAUUGCUCUUACGUGGCGCCGAUCCAUCACUACCUCUAUAUGAAGACCUGGAACCGCCUCUCUUGAAAGCUAUUCUCAGGGGCCACAACGCCGUUGUUGAUGUCCUACUGGCAGACCCUCGGGCCGACCAUGACGUCCGGUUUAACGAUAGGAUUGAUAUCCAAGGAACCCAGACCGCCCUUCAAGAAGCAGCAAAGAAGGGAAACGCGCACGUGGUCCGAUGUCCGCUCGAGAAAGGCGCCUGCGCACGACCUAAUGUGGAGACCACUAUGCACAGCGCAGUUAUUACCGCAGCCCGGAGAUAG